AUGCAUCUAAAUUUCCUACUUGCUUCCCUAAUUUUGGCUACGGGCUGCGACGCCGCCUCAACGUGUUGGUAUCCCGAUGGCGUAACCAGUGACCCCAGUCAUGUGCCCUGCAAUCAAACUAUCAAUACAGCUUCUGCCUGUUGCAACUCUCACGACGCUUGCUCGUCUGGAUUGUGUGUUAGCAUGUACGGUGCUUAUCGUGGAACGUGUACCGAUCAGAGCUGGAAUUCUCCAAAUUGUGGUUCAAGGGAAUGGCCUCAAUGUAUAACAGAUCCCUCAACGCGUCGAAAAUAUAGCCAGUCUACUUCCAUUUUACCGUGUGCAUCGCCUGGAACUCAAGGUGAAAGCUACUGCUGUAGCUAUUCAAAUGGAUCUUCUUGUUGCAACGACCAAUUCCGUCUAGGGAAUUCUGGACCUAUAUAUAAACCAGGUCUCGAUAUAAUGCUCAACGAUAUCAGUUCCUCAUCUGGCUCUAACACAACUAAUAUAACCAAUGUGCCUUCAUCAGCCGGUCAAGAUAUUGCCACCAAAGUCGGGUUGGGAGUGGGAAUUCCGCUCGGUGUCUUUGUUGUUGGCCUCCUCGGCUUUCUCUUCUAUCGCGAAUCACAUAAAAACUCAAACGAACGAAAUCCAGCAGCAGCAUCUCUCAGUCUAGUGAACUCAAGAACCCGGCAUUUACCCAUGGAGCAAAAUGAUGCUUAUGAAAGUUAUUCUAGCCCCCAGAGUUACCCUGUCUCGGAAACUACUCAGCACCAUCCUUAUUCACCUCAUAACCUUAAACCCGACCCAGUUUUUGAAGCGCCCGUAAGCAACCUGCACGAAAUGCGCGGCUAA